UCCCAGCAGGUGCGGCGUCGCAUCCGGAAAAGAGCAGAAGAGGACAUAAUGAUGGCGACGGAGGCAGAGGAGAUCUCUCAAACCAGUCCCUAUCCCAUGUCUGACAACAAUGUCUCCACUCUGUCCAUCAAAAUCACGCGGAAAAACCAGGAUAGACCCUGGAAAUUGAGAUUUAUUUACCUGCAGUGCUAUUUCUUAUCCAUUGCAACCAUUCUGGGAACAGGCAUAUUGGGUCUUCCUGUGACGAUAGCUCAUGCCGGGCUCCUCCCCUUCCUGGUGUCCUUCCUCAUCGGCUUCCUGGUGCAGGCUCUGCUCAUCUACCUGUUUGUUGACCUGCUCCAGAGAUGCCAGUUGGUCCAGAUGGAGAACUUCAAGGUGUGUGAGUCGGGGAGGACUGAGAUGGAGGACGUGGUCCUGGAGGAAGCUGCUGUCCCUUCCCCCGAAGAAGAGGAGGAGGAAGGGGAGGAUAGCGAGGAAGCAGACACGGGCCUACUUCAGAGGGACUCGCCCCCUCUGACGGGAGAGGAGAUGCUGCAGCCUAACCUUCAUGUCCUGGGGGUCCUCUUCCUCAGCAGACCCAUGAGCCACGCCUUCAACUUCAUCCUGCUCUUCCAGUUCGUGUCUAUAGGUAUCAGCUAUGUGCUUGCAGGCAGCGAGGCCUAUGCUUCCCUUCUCCAGGUCAGCCAUAUCUACGUCAUCCCCGCCUUUACCUGGACUCUGUCUCUGGGGAUCCUAUUGGCUCAGGCAAUCAUCCAGCCAAUCACGUCUCUGCUGACCUUCCUGAAGGGCCUCAUGCUGAUUGUCACGGUGGCGGUGACAUUUGCCGUGGGGUCGGAAGUUCACCUGAAGAGCACCAACGACUUCCGACAAAUUGGCAAACCUUUCUUAAUGGGAACCGUGGCGCUGGGAGGUAUUGUCAAUGUUAUGCCCCUCCUCUUCUCCCAGAUAUCCCACAACAGGACUCAGAUCAUGUGGUUCAGGAGGGCCGUGCUGGGGGGCCUGGCGACGUGCACCCUGCUGAACGUGCUGUGGUGCUGGGCGGUGCUGGAGAUAGUCCCCCAGACGUCAGUCAGAAGAAGCUCGGUGAUAGAAACCAUAACGAACAUGAGUGCAGUCCUGUCCGGGCGUGAUCCUGGGCAAUCUGCCCUCCUCUUCUCCAACAUCUCUCUUGAGGAGUCGGAGAAAGCAGGAGAAAUCGCUACAAUUCCUCUCACAAAGAUCAUCAUUCUGAAGUACACAGACUACGCCUGGGUGGCAGAGCUCAUCCAGGUCUUCGUGGCUGUCAGUGUCACUGUGUCCUUCCUGGUGAUGGGGUCGGCCAUGAAACACACCAUCGAUGGCCUGGUGACUUCCCUGUGGAGCUCGAGGCUGGAGUGGAUGACCAGGGCCCUGGAGAGACGCCUACCCCAGACCUUGCACAGCUGCAGCGCGACAAGUUUGACCAGUGGGUUCGUAUCUCUCCUGGCGUUUGGCCUCAUUUUCCUCGUGGCGGCCGGUGAUCCCAGGGGCUUUGUGGAAAUCCUGGACAAGGUGGUGUCCUUCUCUCUGAACACUGAGGUGGGCCUGUUUGUCUUCAUCAUGUUGAGAGUGUCCAGAUUGGAGAGAUUCCAGCAGCUGUCGGUGCCUCUCCCUGUGAGCCGCCGGAUGUUCGGCCUCAGCUGGGUCCUGCCCUGCUACUUCCUGUUUGCCGUGACGUACGACGUGCUUCUCAGCCUGGAGGAGCUCGCCCAGAACCUGGCCCCCCCUGGCCAGCCGGCCUCCCACCCCAACGCCUCCCUUCACUGAUCGG